ACCAAAGUUUUUAAGUGGAGGGUUUAUUUCAUUUCUUUUUCGUCUUUUUCUUUCUUAAACCCUAAUAGAAAAAUGGGUUUGAGAGUUUUUGGGGUGAAGAACAACUUGUUCUUUGUCUUCCUCUCUCUGUUUAGUUUGAGUUUGGAGUUUUCGAAAGCUCAGAUGGUGCCAGCGGUGUUUGUGUUCGGGGACUCUCAAGUUGAUGUCGGGAACAACAACUAUCUUCCUGUUUCUGUUGCUAAGGCGGAUUUUCCUCACAACGGGAUUGAUUUUCCAACCAAAAAACCAACUGGGAGGUUUUGUAAUGGCAAAAAUCCAGCAGAUUUUCUUGCUGAAAAAGUAGGGUUACCGAGUUCACCACCCUAUCUUUCCUUGUUAGAGAAGAAGGAUGCAUCAUACAUUAACGGUGUCAGCUUCGCCUCCGGGGGCGCCGGAAUCUUGAACAGCACAGAUCAAGUCCUUCGUCAAGCAAUACCUUUGACAAAGCAAGUGGAGUACUACCUAGCAGUGCAUCAAAUUUUAGUGCAGCAGAUGGGAUCCUCUGCUGCAGAAAAGCACUUUUCCAAGUCUCUUUUCGCAAUUAUCAUAGGUAGCAAUGACCUCUUCGAUUACUUUGGAUCUUCCGACCUUAGAAAGAAGAACACCCCACAACAAUUUGUAGACUUGAUGGCUAACGCCCUAAAACAACAACUCAAGAGACUAUACGCAUUUGGGGCACGUAAAUUUUUUGUAGCUGGUAUCGGGGCGAUUGGGUGCAUACCUGCAGAAAGAGUUAAAAACAAAACCCACCAAUGCAAUGAAGAAGGUAAUUUUUGGUCUGUUAAGUACAAUGAAGGGCUGAAGGCAAUGUUGAAAGGGUUAAAAUCAGAGCUUCAAGGCAUAAGCUACUCCUGCUUUGAUACUUACAGUUUCAUACAAGGUGUCAUCCAAAAUCCAUCGGCUUACGGGUUCAAUGAGAUAAAAGCUGCCUGUUGUGGACUUGGCGAUCUGAGAGCUAAAGUCCCUUGUGUGCCCGUUUCAACAUAUUGCUCCAACAGGAAAGAUCAUGUUUUCUGGGAUUUAUAUCAUCCAACAGAGGCAACGGCUCGCAUUGUUGUGGAUACUCUUUUCGAUGGUCCUUCACAAUACUGUGUCCCCAUGAAUGUUAGGCAGCUAGUUUCUGCUUAAGGUUAUAGCAAAAAUCAAUAGCUUACAGUCACAGAAUUGGGACGAAUAAAGAUUCGCAUUACAAAGAAGCCAAAGCAAAUUACUAUGGAUAUUUUAGCAUCCAUUCAAGACGAAAAAUAGAAAAAUUAGUGUAUACCAUUGUAAUGCAUAUUUUCAUUCAUUUAGAAUAACAUCGAUGAUAAAAAAUUGUAGCAAGCAGCCUUGGUCCAAUGUAGCUUAAUUGCUGAUUAGAUUGCAAGUAGAUUUUCAUGCAAUGAAAUUUGUUUUUGUGGAAAUAAAAAGCAGAGAAUGCCAUUGAUAGAUAA